AUGGCCAGUCUGCAGUUCCAUGGCGGCAUCGAGGCGGGCAUUGGCUAUGCCCCACGGCCGCUUGACGCGUGUCGAGUGCCGCAGCUCUUUAGACUCCAUCUCAGGAUACAAUUGCUGGUGGGCCUGAUGCCCAAGCCGGCGCUGCCCGCUUGGUUGCCCACCUGGCUGCAUUCGCUGCUCCGCCUGCUGGCGCUCCUCCAUUGCCUGGUCGUGCUCUUCAUAGCGUUGCAUCUAGGCGUGCUGUUCUGCAAGACGACACUGGAUGCUCUGCCGACGGGCAAGCUGGAGGACAUAACCGAUGCACUCACCAUGACAGUCAUCUACUUCUUUACGGCCUAUGCCAUCGGCUAUUGGUGUGUUCACUCCGAGCGGCUGGUGCAAUUCCUGUCCCACAUCAAUCGGGAAUAUCGCCAUCAUUCGCUCGCCGGCGUCAGCUUUGUGAAUAUGUACACUGCCUAUCGCUGGGCGUGCAACUUUACGGCCAUUUGGCUGAUUUCCUGUCUCUCCGGCUGCAUCUUCUGGGGCGUGACGCCCCUGGUCCUGGGUGUAAGGACUCUGCCGCUGCGCUGCUGGUAUCCGUUCGAUGCCAUGGCCGUUUACGUCUAUAUUCUGGUGUAUGCCACACAGCUUUACGGCCAGAUUAUUGUCGGCGCCACUUUCAGCUUUGGUGGCUUUAUGUUCGUCUCUCUCUGCUUACUGCUGUUGGGUCAGUACGAUGUGCUUUACUGCAGUCUCAAGAAUCUGGACGCACAUGCCCGGCUGCUUGCCGGUGAGUCUCUGCCGGCAUUAUGCGAUUUACAGCGGGAGCUGCUACUGGACGAAUCGACCUGUGAGCUUGGUGAAUAUGCUUUGCUGCAGGAGCACUCGACGGAUUUGGUCAAUUUUAUGUUAGCGCGCGGGCAUCCGCUGGCACUGAGCCUGACAAGGGCCGCACAUGCGGGGCUUGUGGAAUGCGUGCGUUUGCAUCGCUUUGUGCUGGAGUAUGCCGCGGAGCUGGAGCAGCUGUUUAGCCCGUACUGUUUGAUCAAAUCGCUGCAGAUCACGCUGCAGCUGUGCCUGCUCGUGUUCGUGGGCGUCUCCGGCUCACGGGAGGUGAUGCGCGUGAUCAAUCAGUUGCAGUAUCUAUUACUGACCACCUUCGAGCUGCUCAUGUUCACUUACUGCGGCGAGCUGCUGCACAGGCACAGCGUCCGCGUCGGGGAUGCGUUUUGGCGUGGCGCCUGGUGGCAGCAUGCACCCCACAUGCGCCAGGAUGUGCUCAUAUUUCUGGCGAACAGUCGCCGUGCCGUCCAGGUAACGGCCGGCAAGUUCUAUGUCAUGGACGUAAAUCGUCUGCGAUCGGUUAUCACGCAGGCGUUUAGCUUUCUGACGCUGCUGCAAAAGCUGGCCGCCAAGAAGACAGCCGUCGAAUCCUAGGACCAUGCCCAUUGUUUGCCAGUGCUAAUAUUUAUUUUGCUCAUUAAAAACAUGUCGAGUAA